GGUUCUAUAUUUCAGCUGGAAGCUAUAAAUUGUUAAAGAAAUGUGGGUGGUGUCAGUGGGAUGUAUUGUUUUGGUCAUUUUGCUGUCUCUGUCUCUGUUUUUGAUGUUUGCAAUCUCUAGCUUCACUGAUCUUCAUGACCCAUUUUCUGGAUUUGGAAGAAGCUUCACCUCCUCUUAUUUGUUCAAUUCCACUCUCACAUUUCAUCGUACUAGCCAAUUACUUGAUCCUUUUCGUGUCCCUUGUACCAGGAAAUUAGCUAGUACAUUUGCUGAAAAUACAACUUCAUUAUCCCAGAAUCAGAGUUUUAAGAUGAAAAAGGAUUGCUGCGUCGAGGGCCCUUUACUAGAGAAGUUCACAUUUCCUGCAGAUUCUGCUCCCUUCAAAAGCUGUCAUGCUUCCACCAUUGUUGAGGUUGGUAAAGAUCAUUUUUUGGUUGCCUAUUUUGGGGGUACAUCAGAGGGAGCACUAGAUGUGAAAAUUUGGUUACAGACAUACAAGAAUGGUUGUUGGCAAACCCCAGAAAUCAUUGAUGAGGAACCUAAUGUUCCAAUGUGGAAUCCUGUGUUAUUUAAACUUCCAUCAGAUGAAUUGCUACUGUUCUACAAAGUAGGCCAAGAGGUUCAAAAAUGGAGUGGAUGCAUGAAGCGGUCAUAUGAUAAAGGUAUUACAUGGACAGAAAGAGAACAACUUCCUCCUGGUAUAUUAGGACCCAUAAAAAACAAGCCUAUCUUGCUGGAAGAUGGAAAAUUGCUCUGUGGAUCCUCUGUUGAAAGUUGGAACUCCUGGGGAUCAUGGGUGGAGGUCACCACAGAUGCAGGUCGGUCUUGGAGAAAGAAUGGACCCAUUUACAUUGAAAAUGAAUCUCUCAGUGUGAUUCAGCCAGUUCCUUACCAGACUAAAAAAGGGACCUUGCGCGUUCUAAUGCGAUCCUUCAAUCAUAUUGGUAGAGUUUGUAUAUCAGAGUCCCAUGAUGGUGGCCAGAACUGGGGCUAUGCAAAAGCUACUGAGCUCCCCAAUCCAAACUCAGGUAUUGAUGGGAUAAAGCUGAGAGAUGGCCGCCUCUUACUUGCUUAUAAUACAAUCUCAAGGGGUGUACUUAAAGUUGCCCUAUCUACCAAUGAUGGUGACUCAUGGCAAAAUGUUGUGACAUUGGAGGAGAACCUAGCAAUGGAAUUCUCAUACCCAGCUGUUAUCCAGGCUAGUGAUGGGUCUAUCCACAUCACCUACACAUAUAAUAGGACACAAAUUAAGCAUGUUGUCCUUAAACCAAAUCAGUGCAAUGACACAUGAAUAACGAGUAGAAGAAGGGCUUUUUUGUUGUAAGUAUUAUGUCGCUUAAUUAUUAGCAAAUAUUUAUUGUAAGGCCAUAAAACUGUGGUCAUAUAAUGACGGAGAUUAUCAGGUUUUUGCUUUAUUGGAGUUUCAAUUAAUUUGGGAUUUUGCUAUUUAAUGUUUCUUUAUUUUGGGGUUGUUUGCAAUAUGAUGAAUUAGACAUUAUGAGCUAAAAAGAUCAUGAUCUGUAUAAAAUAUUUUCUGUUUCAAUCUGAU